AUGCAGAUCCGCGCCAGCCUGAAGCCGCGCGGCGAGAAGAUGAAGGUGAAGCGUGAGGGGCGGGCGGGCAAGGGGGCCGGCCGUCGGGUGACGCUGCCGACGGUGGUGAGGCUGACGGAGUCGCGCGGCAUGCCAACGACGCCCACGCGGCAGCGGCCGGAGACCCCCCUCAGCGCCAGCGCGCUGGGCGAGAAGGCGCCCGGCGGGACCAAGCGGAAGCGGUCCUCGGAGAGGCCGAACAGCGCCCCCUCCCGCGGGAGGCGCAAGAGCGAGGCGUCCGGAGGCGGGCGGAUUGCGUCGGGGGCCGCGCGACGGGGCAGGAGGUCGAGCGCGCCGCAGACGGGCGCGCCCGUCGCCAAGGGGACGCCUGCCGCUGAAAGCGUGCCUAAAGGCAGUCCUGGAUCCGAGCUGCCGCCCGUUCAGGUUGUGGGAUCCCUGCCCACCAGCCCCAUGCCAGAGAGCCAAAGUGUGGCCUGGGCAACGCCAGCCAGUGCGACUGCAGUUGAGGACAAGGGAGGGGCCGUCAACCCAUUGUUCGAUGCACCCAAGAUGGAUCAGGCCGAAAGGCCGAAGCGGAGCACUGGCCCUAAAGGGAAGAGGACCAAGUCGCCCACUAUGGCGGAGCAAUUGAAGGAUCUUCAGCAAGAGAACGCUCGGCUGAGAGCUGAGCUUCAAGAAGCCAAGGCAGAGCAAAAGAGGAAGGCGCAGGAAGAACCCGAUGAUGACACCCUGCGCACCAAGCGUGCCAAACUUCCGGCUGCUGUGCGCAGACCAAGGCAGAUCUCACCACCUGCCGAAGGGAUCAGGAGGCCUACUCCUGUUCGGUCAAUCGUGACAACGGUGUUCACCCUGUCACUGCUGGGAGCAGCAGCCGUUCAGGCGCCCUGGGUGCUAGCUGCUCUCAAACUGUACCUCGAGUGA